GAAAAUAUAAUCAUUGUUCGUAAAUAUUCCUUCUAUUACUAAAUGUAGUACAAUACGCUUUUAUAUAAUUAUACGCCCCUAAACCACAUUAUUAAAUAUUAUAUUGGAUGUCAUCUAUUAAAAAAAGUAAAGAUAAAUAAUAUUUUUGAAAAAUAUUUUGGAACACAUAUUCACCUUGAUAACAUCAAGUCAACAAUGAAGAGUCCACGUGUCGCUUAUUCUUUGGGAUGGUUAAGAAAUCUGUAAUAUAUUGGAAGCAGUUUUUGUAUAAUACAGAUGUUAUCAAGCACUUGAUGUACAAAAAUGAAAGUUUUCAAGGUUUGGAAUGCAGCACGAACAAUUAAAAAAUUUGUUGCAGUGCACGAAUGCGAGUCUUCUUCAGGAACUUAUUUCUAAAGCCAGUCGAAAAUUAAAUAUACACGAAUCAGAUGAGCUUAAGCUGUAUUUAGAGUCAGACGGAACUGAAGUUGAUGAUGAUUCCAUAAAUUUGGAAACCAUUCAAGAUCAAGUGUUGUUGUUAUUAAAGAAAAAUGAAGUGUGGCAACCAUGUAAUGACACUGCUAAAAUUUCCUCACCCACAUGUACUACAACAUUAGAUUCUGAAGAACAGAAAAAAUUAAGCAGCGACUCAACUCUUACUAUACCGUCUACUAGCAGUGAAGGGCUAAACGUUUCUGAAAAUACUUGGAUUCAUUUUAAGAUUCCUUGGGAAAAAUUAACACGAUCUACUAUCGAUUCCCUUGAAAAAAGUCAGUGCGAUAAACAAACCAGAAGAAAAGUUGUUAACGUUAUUGUUGAUAAUAUGUUAGAUAUAAGUAACGAAAUACCAACAAAGACCUUUCAAAUCAUCGCUCAUAAACUAGUGGCAAAAUAUCCUGAAUCUUUCCAAGAUUAUGACGAUGACGGGAUGGUAAUUGGAAAUGGUUUCAUUACUAUCUGCAAUCAGCUCAAAGAAAGGUACAAAUACCUAAAAGUUACACAUAAAAGAAAUUCCCCAGUUGAAUCAACACUCCCAGUCCCAAUUAAUAAAAGAAACAAGUUGUUGUCUGCAAAAGCAGGUUGCGUGGAUUGGCAGCCAUCUCCAUGUGGUUCAAACGAAGACAAUGAAAUAAAAGAAAAACUAAAAGAAAUUGAUUUGGAAAACUGUUCUGACGAGAGUGUGAUGGAGUUAUUACAAAAGAAUUACGCACACCAACGAUAUUUUAUUAAUAAAACUCCCACUGUAAUUGAUAUCAAAAAUGAAUGGCCAAUUUUGCUAAAGUCAGUUGGAAUUAAAUUCCAUUUCAAAAGAUUAAUGAAUAAAAGUAUAGAUUUGUUAUCUAAAAAUUUAUUUUUGAAAUCCGAAAACAUAAUUAAUUUUGGUAUCAAGAGACAUAUUAUUAAAAGCAGACCAACGGAAAAUAAUGAAAUUAUUAAAUGUGUUCUAAGUAUAAUUUUCAAAUAUUUUGCUGAAGACGUAUGUGAAAUUUUCAGCUAAGAAGAGGAUUUCUCUAGUUUAGAAGACAUAAUAUCACCAAAAAUAAUAACAAAGACCGAAGGUGAUGGAACAAAGCGUUACAAUAUCGUCAUGGAACAAGAAAUUAUUAAUACAUAUUUAGAGAUGGAUCAAGCGUUAAACGAAAUGUUUGCCUUAUAUUUCAUGUUUAAUUUGGAAUAUCCAAAAAAAAGUUCGUUAACAUGGGAAUUCAUUCAGUUCUUUUUCCUAAAAAUAUAUCCCCAAAUAGGAUCCAAGAAUUUAAAAAAAAAAUCGCAAACAAAAAUUAUUGGAUUUUUUC